AUGCCAAGUCAAGAACAUAAUCUGGUCGGGGAAAGGCAAGCAGCCACUCAAGGUGUACCAGAUCUUGAUAACCUCGUACCUGAUUCCGUGUCUAAUCAUAAAAAAGAUGUAGAGUUUUCUGAGUCCAGAAUUACAACGGAAGAGAAAAAUGACAAUGCAUCUCAAAAAGAUACACCAAUUAAAAACCAAUAUAAUCAAACUCGAGAUACAAACGCACAAAACACUGAACCAAUGGAUUGGACGCCAACAAAAUCAGAUGGGUCCCUUCCUUCUCCUGUGCGAUCGCGAUCGCGAUCUGGCUCCGAAUCACCUUCUCCUAAUAAGUCGGUUGCUGUCAAUUUAAUUCCGCUUACCGAUUCGAUUACAUUCACUUCUAAACACUUGCUGUUUACUCCUGAUCAGGAGAUGAAGGUGGGUAGAGUGAGUGGAAGUCGUAAUCAGAAAGAAGCAAGAGCGGAUAAUGGUGUGUUCAUUUGUGAUGUUAUGUCUAGAGAACAUGCGAUUCUUAAAGAAGAGAACGGAAAGAUUUUAAUCAAAGAUACUAAAAGUACUCAUGGUACUUUUGUAAACAACGUUAGGCUGGGAGAUGGUACAAAGGAUAGUGAAUGGCGAGUGCUACACCAUGGUGAUGUUAUCACCUUUGGACAUAGUGUGAGACGUAAUCAAAAUUUGUACAAGCAUUUAUCUGCUUGCGUUUUUUAUCCUAAGGGAAAAAAUGAUGUACCUCAUAUACCAAUCUCCCUCAAUGGUAACUCAGUAAUUGGACAUGCUAUAGAUUCGGCGAAAAACCAACCUGAUAGACUUGAGGGACAAACUUCUUCCGGUGCCAUGACGAACAUAGCACGAGUCCAAAAUCCAUCUAUAGAAUCUUCUCCAAAAGCUACGUCAUUAAAUAAAGAAGGAAAGACAGCAGAGACUGAAUCAAAUAAUAUAGUCCAACAAGCGGACGAUGAUCAAGUAACAUCUGUCAAUGAUGCUUCAACUUCUGAUAAUGGCAAAAAAGGUUCUACCGAAUCCAAAUCGCAUGAAUUAGAACAUACUGAAUCGUCUGAAGGAG